GGCCUAUUAGUUUUGCAAUCUAGCUGAACGGGGAUUUCCUCUGUGCAACUGCAUUUUCUUCCCCUUUCCACAGCAGCGAUUUAGAGUUUAAAUCAUAGAGAUUUAAUCUUUUUUGUUCGCAGAUAUGUUCGAUUAUUAAUUCGUUCCUUCGAAAAUAAUCACAUGGAAAGGGAACGUACGCGGAAACGCCCUCGUCUCGCAUGGGACGUAGCCCCUCCCACAGUGCCCGAGCCUCAACUGGCUCUGCCGGUACCUGGUGACGAAGGAAUUGAAAGAAAGCACGCUUCACCUCCAAGAAGGGACGACGAUCGCGAAGGACAUUAUGUCUUCAAUCUUGGCGAAAAUCUCACUCCUAGAUAUAAAAUCCUCGGCAAGAUGGGUGAAGGCACAUUUGGUCGGGUAUUGGAAUGUUGGGACCGCCAAAGUAGAGAAUAUGUGGCUGUCAAGGUGGUUAGAAGCAUACGGAAAUAUCGAGAUGCAGCCAUGCUCGAGGUUGACGUGCUUCAACAUCUAGCAAAGAACGAUAGAGGAAACUCACGAUGUGUGCAGAUCCGAAAUUGGUUUGAUUACAGAAAUCACAUAUGCAUUGUCUUUGAGAAGCUUGGACCAAGCUUAUUUGAUUUUCUAAAGAGAAAUAAAUACUGCCCAUUCCCUGUGGAUCUUGUUCGGGAAUUUGGACGACAGCUUUUGGAAUCUGUAGCAUAUAUGCAUGAACUACGCCUAAUCCACACUGAUCUGAAGCCAGAAAAUAUUCUUCUGGUUUCUUCUGAAUAUGUAAAGCUACCUAGCUAUAAGAGAGUUUCCUCAGAUGAAACGCAGUUCAGGUGCUUGCCCAAGUCUAGUGCUAUUAAGCUGAUUGAUUUUGGUAGUACUGCAUAUGAUAAUCAGAAUCAUAGCUCCAUUGUUUCUACAAGGCAUUACAGAGCCCCUGAGAUUAUUCUAGGUCUAGGCUGGUCAUAUCCAUGUGAUCUGUGGAGUGUUGGAUGUAUUCUUAUUGAACUAUGCACGGGUGAGGCGUUGUUUCAGACUCAUGAAAACUUGGAGCAUCUGGCAAUGAUGGAAAGAGUUUUGGGACCUAUUCCAGAGCCCAUGAUUCGAAGGUCCAAUAAGGGCGCAGAAAAGUAUUUCAAGCGUGGAUCAAGACUAAGAUGGCCUGAAGGAGCUAUUUCCAGAGAGAGCAUCAAUGCAGUAAAGAAGCUUGGUCAUCUGAAGGAUAUUGUAUCUCGAAGUGUGGACUCUUCAAGGUCCUCUUUAACUGACUUGUUACAUGGGUUAUUGUCAUAUGACCCAACCAAACGGUUAACCGCUCUUCAAGCGCUCGAUCAUCCCUUCUUUAGGAAUCCAACCUGAGAAAAGCAUAUUAGGAAUCCAACUUGAGAAGCAUGUUUGGGAAUGACUUCCAUGGUAGAGAUUGUCAGUUGCACAGGCUAUAACUUUGAAUGUAUCUUAUUUAUUUAUUAGUUAUAGCAAUGGUUCAAUCGUGGUUAAAAUGUACUUUAAUUUUAUCCUUCUUUGUUUUCA